AUGCUCCUCAAAAGUUCUUUCUACUUCUCCUUGAAAAUUAUAUGUUCUAAUUCUUUCCUUUUGCUCUUCUUUCAAAUUCUUCUAAAUCUCUUUGUCUACUUCCGUCAUUCUCCAACUUCUUUCUUCAACUUCUCUUCCCCUCCAACUUUGUCCUUCUACUUCUGUUCCUCUUUCAAAUUCUACUUUUCCUCUCCUCCAACUUCUUCCUUCUACUUCUGUUCCUCUUUCAAAUUCUACUUUUCCUCUCCUCCAACUUCUUCCUUCUACUUCUGUUCCUCUUUCAAAUUCUACUUUUCCUCUCCUCCAACUUCUUCCUUCUACUUCUGUUCCUCUUUCAAUUUCUACUUUUCCACUCCUCCAACUUCUUCCUUCUACUUCUGUUCCGCUUUCAAAUUCUACUUUUCCACUCCUCCAACUUCUUCCUUCUACUUCUGUUCCUCUUUCAAUUUCUACUUUUCCACUCCUCCAACUUCUUCCUUCUACUUCACCUCCUCCAUCUUAUUCCUACAGCUUCUUUCUUUUUGA